AUGGCGACGAAGCUAUUAGCGCUCACAUGCAUCCGAAAAGAGAGAUUCAGCGAACAGUACCCCGUGGUGCGGAAACACCUAAUCAGAUCUCGCGGCGGCGGAUCACCGUCGGAGACGGCGGUGCUUGAGAUCGACGAGGAGGAGAUUUCCAGGGCGGUUUUCCGCGUUCUGGGGAUGACUUGCUCCGCUUGCGCUGGAUCUAUCGAGAAACAAAUCAAUCGUCUCCCCGGAAUCCACGAAGCUGUCAUCGACGCGUUGAACAAUCGAGCUCAAAUCCUGUUUUACCCCAGCUCUGUCAAUGUGGAGACAAUCCGUGAGACGAUUGAGGAUGCUGGAUUUGAAGCAUCAUUGAUAGAAAAUGAAGCGAAUGAGAAGUCGAGACAAGUUUGCAGGAUCAGAAUAAACGGUAUGACUUGUUCCUCAUGUUCUUCAACCAUAGAAAGCGUUCUGCAAUCAGUUCAUGGAGUGCAUAGAGCUCAUGUUGCAUUAGCAAUCGAAGAAGCUGAAGUUCAUUAUGAUCCAAGGCUCCUGAGCUAUGAUAAACUACUUGAAGAGAUUGAAAACGCUGGAUUUGAAGCCGUGCUUAUAAGUACUGGUGAGGAUGUGAGUAAGAUUGAUUUGAAGAUUGAUGGUGAGAUUACUGAUGAAUCCAUGAUGGUGAUUGAGAGAUCUCUCGAAGCUCUUCCUGGUGUUCAAGCCGUUGAGAUCAACCAUGGGAGUGAUAAGAUAUCUGUGUUGUACAAACCUGAUGUGACCGGUCCAAGGAAUUUCAUUCAGGUGAUUGAGUCUACUGUAUUUGGUCAUAGUGGUCACAUCAAAGCAACGAUUUUUUCCGAGGGAGGAGUAGGCAGAGAGUCUCAGAAGCAAGGAGAGAUUAAGCAGUACUACAAGUCGUUUCUUUGGAGUUUGAUUUUCACGGUUCCAGUGUUUUUGACUGCUAUGGUGUUUAUGUAUAUCCCUGGGAUUAAGCAUUUGCUGAUGUUUAAGGUCGUGAAUAUGCUAACUGUUGGAGAAACCAUAAGGUGGAUUUUGGCUACUCCUGUUCAGUUUGUCAUAGGAUGGAGAUUUUACGUUGGCUCUUACAAGGCGUUACGGCGAGGAUCGGCUAACAUGGAUGUUCUGAUUGCUCUGGGAACAAACGCAGCUUAUUUCUAUUCGUUAUAUACAGUGUUGAGAGCUGCGACCUCAAAGGACUUCAUGGGAGUGGAUUUCUUCGAGACUAGUGCCAUGCUCAUUUCGUUUAUCAUACUUGGGAAAUAUCUGGAGGUUAUGGCUAAAGGGAAAACAUCUCAGGCGAUUGCAAAGCUUAUGAAUUUGGCGCCGGACACUGCGAUAUUGCUGAGUUUGGAUGAGGAAGGGAAUGUGAGUGGUGAAGAGGAGAUUGAUGGUCGGUUGAUACAGAAGAACGACGUGAUCAAGAUCGUUCCUGGUGCUAAAGUGGCUUCAGAUGGUUAUGUCAUAUGGGGACAGAGUCAUGUGAAUGAGAGUAUGAUUACUGGAGAGGCAAGUCCAGUGGCGAAGAGAAAAGGUGAUACAGUGAUAGGAGGGACUUUGAAUGAGAACGGAGUUCUGCAUAUUAAGGUUACAAGAGUUGGUUCAGAGAGUGCUCUUGCGCAGAUUGUUCGACUUGUUGAGUCUGCACAGCUAGCCAAAGCUCCGGUACAGAAGUUGGCUGAUCGGAUAUCCAAAUUCUUUGUUCCUCUGGUGAUUUUCCUCUCGUUCUCAACUUGGCUUGCUUGGUUCUUAGCUGGGAAGCUUCACUGGUACCCUGAAUCCUGGAUUCCUUCUUCAAUGGAUAGCUUCGAGCUUGCUCUACAGUUCGGGAUCUCUGUCAUGGUCAUAGCUUGUCCAUGUGCUCUUGGUUUAGCUACUCCAACCGCUGUUAUGGUUGGUACUGGUGUUGGUGCGUCUCAAGGUGUGCUGAUUAAAGGUGGCCACGCACUAGAAAGAGCACACAAGGUAAGUUGCAUUGUCUUUGACAAGACUGGAACUCUCACGAUGGGGAAGCCUGUGGUUGUCAAAACAAAACUCCUAAAAACCAUGUUACUUCGAGAUUUCUACGAACUUGUUGCCGCAACUGAGGUAAACAGUGAGCAUCCGUUAGCAAAAGCCAUUGUUGAGUACGCGAAGCAGUUCAGAGACGACGAAGAGAACCCCGCGUGGCCUGAAGCUCUUGAUUUCGAGUCUAUCACAGGAAACGGAGUGAAAGCAACUGUUAAAGGAAGAGAGAUCAUGGUUGGAAACAAGAACUUAAUGACUGUUCGUGGCGUUAACAUUCCAAUCGAUGCUCAAGAGUUGCUAGCAGAAGCUGAAGAGAUGGCUCAGACUGGGAUCCUCGUCUCUGUAGACGGAGAACUGAUCGGAGUCCUCGCUGUUUCGGAUCCUCUGAAGCCGAGUGCAAGAGAAGCCGUCUCCAUUCUGAAGUCCAUGAAUAUCUUAAGCAUCAUGGUGACUGGUGACAAUUGGGGCACUGCAAACUCCAUUGCUAGAGAAGUCGGUAUCGACUCUGUUUUCGCAGAAGCUAAACCGGAGCAGAAGGCAGAGAAAGUCAAGGAGCUACAGGCUUCAGGUCAUGUUGUGGCAAUGGUGGGAGAUGGAAUCAACGACUCGCCGGCGCUGGUGGCGGCGGAUGUAGGAAUGGCGAUCGGCGCGGGGACGGACAUUGCGAUAGAAGCAGCUGAUAUAGUUCUGAUGAAGAGCAACUUGGAAGAUGUGAUCACAGCCAUUGAUCUCUCGAGGAAGACUUUCUCAAGGAUCCGGCUCAACUAUGUAUGGGCUCUCGGGUAUAACCUGAUGGGGAUACCGAUCGCCGCCGGCGUGCUUUUCCCGUCUACGAGGUUCAGGUUGCCUCCGUGGAUCGCUGGUGCUGCGAUGGCUGCUUCUUCGGUGAGUGUUGUGUGUUGCUCUCUCUUGCUGAAGAACUACAAGCGGCCUAAGAUGCUUGAUGAUAUGGAGGUCCGUGAGGUUCAGGUGGACCGGGUUUAG